AUGUCACCAAUCUCUGCCGCCGAUAUCCCCUCGCUCAGUCUUCUAUACAAACUCAGGAAAUUACAGCCUCCAUCCGUGGCACCAGUCGCAGGCGCAACUCCGAACCACAAUGACCGCAUCGGAUUGAUCAAGGGUGACAUAACUACGCUUGCGAUCGAUGCCAUUGUCAAUGCCGCCAACAACAGCCUUCUAGGCGGCGGCGGCGUGGACGGCGCAAUUCAUCGCGCUGCUGGUCGGGGUCUUAUUGAAGAAUGCCGUACACUCAACGGCUGCGACACUGGCGACUCCAAGAUCACCAAUGCUUACAACCUGCCCAGCAAGAAAGUCAUUCACACGGUGGGCCCCAUAUUCGACGCCAUCCGGCCUGAGAAGAGCGAGGCGAAGCUCAAGAGCUGCUACAAGACAAGUCUGGAGCUUGCUGCCCGGAACGGCAUCAAAACGAUUGCUUUCAGCGCCAUCAGCACCGGUAUCUACGGCUAUCCUAGCUUGGAUGCCUCUGUAGCUGCCUGUGAGACGGUCAAAGAGUUUCUUGAUGGAGAAAAUGGCUCCAAGAUGGAAAAGGUUGUCUUUGUGACUUUCGAGGAGAAGGAUGUUCGGUCGUACAAUAUGACGUUGCCCCGUUAUUUUCCACCCAACUCAGAGACUUCUACUGAGCAGAAGAAGGCAUCAAAAGCGCAGGAGGCCGAGGCGGAAGCUAAAGCUAGCCAGCUGCCCGAUGUUCCCACCGCCGACCCAGCUGAUCAGGAUCAUGCACAAAAGAAACAAAAGCAGUGA